AUGCUCUCCAGUCGAUUGAUACCGCGCUCCGGGGCCAAAUCGGCCUUCAGGAGACACGCUUCUCUUCCCGCUGUUGUCACUCCCACCCAGCUGUCGAGAUGGACUCGCGCCUACGCCUCGGCUUCUGAGGAGAAGGACCUUGUCGUUAUCGGCGGUGGUGUUGCUGGUUAUGUCGCUGCCAUCAAGGCCGGUCAAGAGGGCUUGAAGGUUGCCUGCAUCGAAAAGCGAGGCACGCUCGGCGGCACCUGCCUCAACGUUGGCUGCAUUCCCUCUAAGGCCCUUCUCAACAACUCACACCUCUACCACACCAUCAAGCAUGACACCAAGAACCGCGGGAUCGAUGUUUCCGACGUCAAGGUAAACCUCGAGCAGUUCAUGAAGGCCAAGGACACUGCUGUCGGUGGCCUGACCAAAGGUGUCGAGUUCCUCUUCAAGAAGAAUGGUGUCGAAUAUAUCAAGGGCGCCGGCACUUUCGUCAAUGAGAACGAGAUCAAGGUAGCUCUCAAUGAUGGUGGCGAGACCUCGGUCAAGGGAAAGAACAUCCUGAUUGCUACCGGUAGCGAGGCUACGCCCUUCCCCGGUCUUGAGAUUGACGAGAAGCGUGUCGUUACCAGCACUGGUGCUCUGUCGCUUGACAAGAUACCCGAGAGCCUUGUGGUCAUUGGCGGCGGUAUCAUUGGCCUGGAGAUGGCCUCUGUUUGGUCCCGACUGGGAACCAAGGUGACCGUUGUCGAAUUCCUCGGCCAGAUUGGCGGUCCUGGAAUGGACGCCGAGAUCGCUAAGAGCGCGCAGAAGAUCCUCAAGAAGCAAGGCAUCAACUUCAAGACGGGCACCAAGGUUAUCAGCGGCGACAAGACUGGUGACAAGGUCAAGCUAGAGGUUGACGCUGCCAAGGGUGGCAAGCCUGAGACGCUUGAUGCUGACGUCGUCUUGGUGGCUAUCGGCCGCCGACCCUACACCGGCGGACUCGGCCUUGAGAACAUCGACCUCGAGCUGGACGAGAGAGGCCGUGUCAUCAUCGACUCUGAAUACCGCACUAAGAUUCCCCACAUCCGUUGUGUUGGCGACGUCACCUUCGGUCCAAUGCUUGCGCACAAGGCCGAGGAGGAGGCUGUUGCUGUGGUCGAGUACAUCAAGAAGGGUCAUGGCCACGUCAACUACGGUGUGAUCCCUUCUGUCAUGUACACCCACCCCGAGGUUGCCUGGGUCGAACAUCCCGUAUCGGAUUGGGACUUUCCCUUCAGCGCCAACUCGCGCGCGAAGACUAACCUCGACACUGAAGGCAUGGUGAAGAUGUUGGCGGAUCCCGAAACGGAUAGAAUUCUGGGAGUCCAUAUCAUCGGACCUAAUGCUGGUGAGAUGAUUGCUGAGGCCACUCUCGCACUCGAGUAUGGUGCAUCGAGCGAGGAUAUCGCCCGUACAUGCCACGCCCACCCAACCUUGGCCGAGGCCUUCAAGGAAGCUGCCAUGGCUACCUACUCAAAGCCAAUUCACAUGUAA